AUGCUCCCCACUCCGUGCACAUCCCACGUCUCCUUCGAUACCAUCUACGAACCCUCCGAAGAUUCCUACCUUUUCCUCGAUACCCUCGCCUCGCCGUCCGAAUCAGCAUGGCUCACGCAGCGCUUCAACACGACCCCCUCGUCCCCAGACCAAUCCACCGCCUCUCCCCUCGUCGUUGAGCUUGGAACCGGUUCGGGAGUCGUGCUAGGCUUCGUAGCAGCCAAUUCGCAGUUGAUCUUUGGACGGCGCGAUGUCCUCCCUCUAGGGAUAGAUGUGAAUCGGAAUGCCUGUAUCGCGACCCGUGAGACAGCCAAUAAAGCAAUCAAAGAACGACAGACCGAUAAUGAAUCACAAGAGCCCAACGGUCAGAAGACGGUGUAUCUGUCCUCGGUCAUGGCCGAUCUAGGAAGCGCCCUUCGCCCAGGUAGCGUGGACGUCCUUCUGUUCAAUCCACCGUAUGUGCCCAGCGAGGAGCUGCCACGGUUACCCUCCGUGACGGAACAGGAUGUCGACGAGACGGGGAUGUCGCGGUCGGCGAAGUUUGAGCGCGACUCGUACUUCUUGUCGCUGACGUAUGCCGGGGGAAGAGAUGGGAUGGAGACCACGGAUCGGCUGUUGGAGGAGAUUCCGGGGCUGUUGACUCCUGGCCGUGGGGUGGCAUAUGUGCUGUUUUGUGCGCAGAAUCGGCCGCAGGAGGUCAAAGAGAGGAUAAGGGCUUGGGGGGAUGGGUGGCAGGCAGAGACAGUUGGGAACAGUGGUCAGCAGGCUGGGUGGGAGAAGUUGGUUAUUGUUCGGAUAUGGAAGGAAACGGCGUGA